AUGGCGAAAGGGGACACCGCAAACAUACCGAAGCCUCAACCCGUCCCAGAGACCGAAGAUGAGACCAUAGCCGUGCGGAAAAACACGCGAACUUUCGACUAUGUAUGGCGUUCCGGCCUCGCAGGCGGUCUAGCUGGAUGUGCGGCCAAGACUGUCGUUGCCCCUCUCGACCGAGUCAAGAUUCUGUUCCAGGCUAGCAACCCACAAUUCGCAAAGUACACCGGAUCCUGGGUCGGCGUGGCCACGGCCAUGCGCGACAUCCAUCGCCAGGACGGCAUUCUAGGUCUUUACCGCGGACACUCGGCCACCCUACUGAGAAUCUUCCCUUAUGCCGGCAUCAAGUUCCUGGCAUACGAGCAGGUUCGGUCCCUCGUCAUCCGCCGCCGCGAACACGAGACACCCAUCCGCCGACUCGUCAGCGGCGCUGCUGCCGGCGUAUGCUCCGUCUUCUUCACCUACCCCCUCGAAGUCAUCCGUGUCCGCCUCGCCUUCGAGACCAAGCACGGACAUUCUUCCUUCCGUGACAUCUGUCGGAGGAUCUACAAUGAAUAUCCUGUCGCAGCCUCCUCCGGCACUCACGCCACCACCUCGUCGUCUCCCACCGUCUCUGUCGUCGCCCGGCCUGCCGGCGGCCUCUCCAAUUUUUACCGCGGCUUCGCUCCCACCCUCCUCGGCAUGCUUCCCUACGCAGGCAUAUCGUUCCUCACGCACGACACCAUGGGCGACAUCCUCCGCAACCCCCUGCUCGCCCAGUGGACCAUCCUCCCCGAGACGCGCAAGUUGCCCCAUAAGCCGGGCAAGCCCGCGCCACUCCGCUCCUGGGCCGAGCUCCUCUCCGGUGGCAUCGCCGGUCUGGUGUCCCAGACCUUCUCAUACCCCCUCGAGGUCGUCCGCCGUCGCAUGCAGGUCGGAGGCGCCGUCGGCGACGGCCACCGCUUGCGCAUCGCGGAGACGGCAGGCCUUAUCUUCCGCGAGCGCGGCAUCCGGGGCUUCUUCGUCGGCCUCACCAUCGGCUACGCCAAGGUCGCUCCUAUGGUAGCCGUCAGUUUCUACACUUACGAGCGAGGCAAGCUUUGGCUGGGCAUUUGA